GCUCGGCGGCGCCCGGGACAGUCGGGAACCGCGCCCGCAGCCGCCGGCCGCGCGGCCGGACGAGGGGACGAUGGAGCUGGAGCCCGAGUUGCUGCUGCAGGAGGCCCGCGAGAGCGUGGAGGCGGCGCAGAGCUACCGGCGGGAGCUAGGCCAGAGGCUGCAGGGGCUGCGGGAGGCGCGGAGGCAGAUCAAAGAGAGUGCAUCCCAGACGAGAGAUGUCCUCAAACAGCAUUUUAAUGAUUUGAAAGGAACCCUUGGGAAGCUCCUGGAUGAACGAUUGGUGACCCUUUUGCAAGAGGUGGACACCAUUGAACAGGAGACCAUUAAACCACUAGAUGACUGCCAGAAGCUGAUAGAGCACGGAGUUAACACUGCAGCGGACUUAGUCCAAGAAGGUGAGAUCGCCAUUCUGGGUGGUGUAGGAGAACAGAAUGAAAAACUGUGGAGCUUUACCAAAAAGGCCUCACACAUCCAGUUGGACAGCUUACCAGAGGUGCCUUUACUGGUUGAUGUGCCUUGCUUAUCUGCUCAGUUGGAUGACUCAAUUCUUAACAUAGUGAAAGACCAUAUUUUCAAGCAUGGAACGGUAGCAUCUCGCCCACCAGUACAGAUAGAAGAAUUGAUAGAGAAACCCGGAGGCAUCAUCGUACGAUGGUGUAAGGUGGAUGACGACUUUACCGCCCAAGAUUACAGGCUCCAGUUCCGUAAAUGUACUUCCAGUCAUUUUGAGGACGUGUAUGUAGGCUCUGAAACUGAAUUCAUAGUAUUGCACAUAGACCCCAAUGUUGAUUAUCAGUUCAGAGUCUGCGCCCGAGGAGAUGGCCGACAGGAGUGGAGUCCUUGGAGUGUCCCCCAGAUAGGUCAUUCCACGCUGGUGCCUCAUGAGUGGACAGCUGGCUUUGAGGGGUACAGUCUGAGCAGUCGAAGAAACAUAGCGCUUCGGAAUGAUGCUGAAUCGUCUGGUGUUCUCUACUCCAGCGCUCCCACUUACUUCUGUGGGCAGACAUUAACAUUCAGAGUUGAAACUGUGGGACAGCCAGACAGAAGAGACAGUAUAGGAGUGUGUGCAGAAAAACAGAACGGAUAUGACUCCCUGCAGCGGGAUCAAGCAGUUUGCAUUAGUACAAAUGGUGCAGUUUUUGUAAAUGGAAAAGAAAUGACUAAUCAGUUGCCCGCAGUUACUUCUGGGUCCACUGUCACAUUUGACAUUGAAGCUGUGACUCUAGGAUCCAGCAAUAAUAACGAAGGCGGAAACAUCAAGCUUCGAGUAACUAUUAGCUCAAAUAACAGGGAAGUGGUGUUUGAUUGGUUGCUCGAUCAGUCCUGUGGUUCUCUUUACUUUGGAUGCUCGUUUUUCUAUCCUGGGUGGAAAGUGCUGGUAUUCUAGAUUUUCAGAUGAUUGGCUUUGGGUUUGCAGGGGUUUCACAUAGCUUUCCUCAGCCCAGUUCAGUUGUCAUUGGUUUAAAAAUGGUUAGAUUCAUCUCUCAGUUAAGUCAUUGGAAACAAAUUAUUUACUGGAUUUAUUUUCCAAUAUUUUAGCAAUAAGAGGCGUGAAUAUUGUGGACAAAACAGUAAUGCAGUCCAUUUUAUUUUUAGCAUAGUGUUAAUUGGAAUAUCACAUCACAAUAAAAAUCAAAUUGGCUUUUAAAA